CCUGGCCCAGCUCCGGCGCCCGAGGUUUCCGGUGAGCGGCAGUAGCCGGUUAUGACGACUCCCUCUUCUGCAACAGCCGCAGUCUCCUCCACCUCCUCCUCGAUAGUCACGGCUGCCGCGGCUCCAGGCCUGUGGAAAUCGAAUCAAGGGUUUCUGGAGUGGAGUGAGUCCAGCUGCUUUGAGCUGAAGGAAAAGUAGCCUGGCCACCAAAGCGUCCCUGUGCUGGAGGAGUGCAGCCACCCAUCCCCGCGGGCCUUGCAGGAGGACCGACACCAGGAAGGCUUUGUGCCAGGCCCGGCAGCCACCCCCACCCGCCUUAUGCAAGUGGGUACAUGCCGUCGCCAGAAGCCAGCUUUCUGAUCUGCGUCUUUAGAUUUUUUCCAUCGCCUGAGCGUUACUUCUCAACUGAUCGGUUUUAGAGACCUGAAACAUCACAGAAGCUUCUGAGUGGUUCUGAGGAUUCAAGAGGUAUCACUAAACUGGAUCCUAUCAAGCCCUUCCAUAAUUUUUGUUUGCAGGUUGCUAUGUUAAUAUUGUUUGUCUUUGGAGUCUUACUUCAUGAAGUCCCACUGAGUGAUCAGAAUGAAGCUCCUCCUAACACUCACAGCAUUCCAGGCGAACCUCUGUAUAACUAUGCCAGUAUCCGCUUGCCAGAGGAGCACAUUCCCUUCUUUUUGCACAACAAUAGGCAUAUUGCCACUGUCUGUAAGAAAGACUCUCUUUGUCCAUAUAAGAAACACCUAGAAAAGCUAAAGUACUGCUGGGGUUAUGAGAAAUCCUGUAAACCAGAGUUCAGGUUUGGUUACCCAGUUUGCAGCUAUGUCGACAUGGGAUGGACGGACACUCUUGAGUCAGCUGAGGACAUAUUCUGGAAACAGGCUGACUUUGGAUAUGCCAGAGAGAGGCUGGAGGAGAUGCAUGUGCUCUGUCAGCCUAAGGAAACGAGUGACUCAAGUCUGAUGUGUUCCCGUUACCUUCAGUACUGCAGAGCAACCAAUCUCUACCUUGAUUUAAGAAACAUCAAGAGAAAUCAUGACAGAUUUAAGGAGGACUUUUUCCAGAGUGGUGAAAUUGGAGGGCACUGUCAACUUGACAUCCGUACAUUGAUGUCUGAAGGUCAGCGCAAAAGCCCUCUGCAGUCAUGGUUUGCUGAGCUACAAAGCUAUACUCAGCUCAACUUCACACCUAUAGAAGAUGCUAAAUGUGACAUUGUCAUUGAAAAACCAACAUAUUUCAUGAAAUUAGAUGCAGGUGUUAACAUGUAUCACCACUUCUGUGAUUUCAUCAAUCUUUAUCUUACUCAGCACGUUAAUAACUCAUUCAGUACUGACGUGUACAUCGUGAUGUGGGACACUAGUUCUUACGGAUAUGGUGACCUAUUCUCCGACACAUGGAAUGCAUUUACUGAUUAUGACAUUAUACAUUUGAAAACUUAUGAUUCCAAAAGGGUAUGUUUUAAAGAAGCUGUUUUUUCAUUACUGCCCCGCAUGAGGUAUGGGCUGUUCUAUAAUACGCCUCUGAUAUCUGGCUGUCAAAAUACUGGACUAUUCAGGGCAUUUUCCCAGCAUGUGCUACACAGACUAAACAUCACACAAGAAGGACCCAAGGAUGGAAAAAUUCGAGUCACCAUUCUUGCACGGAGCACAGAAUACCGGAAAAUCCUAAACCAAAAUGAGCUUGUAAAUGCACUGAAAACAGUACCUACAUUUGAAGUCCAGAUUGUUGAUUACAAGUAUAGAGAACUUGGGUUUUUAGAUCAACUGAGGAUCACACACAACACGGACAUAUUUAUUGGAAUGCAUGGAGCUGGUCUGACCCAUUUACUUUUCCUUCCAGACUGGGCUGCUGUAUUUGAACUGUACAACUGUGAAGAUGAACGCUGUUACUUAGACUUGGCCAGGCUGAGGGGCAUUCACUACAUCACUUGGCAAAGGCAGAACAAAGUCUUUCCUCAGGAUAAGGGCCACCAUCCAACCCUGGGGGAGCACCCGAAGUUCACCAACUACUCUUUCGAUGUAGAAGAAUUUAUGUAUCUUGUCCUUCAGGCUGCAGACCACGUAUUGCAACACCCAAAGUGGCCAUUUAAGAAGAAACGUGAUGAGCUAUAAAUAUGUUGAGCCUGUUUGCAAAAAGAGUGUUUAAACACUCCAACACCCAGACUUAGAAUUAAAUCAGUAAAGCAACCUGUUAUUUCCUAUCCCCGAAUUACCUUUUCUGUGCCAAAACAUACCUUCAGGAUAUUGUUAUGUGUUUUAUAGACGUUAAGUGUUUCAUGUGGCUUUUGUGUCAUUGCUAUUUAUCAAUAGCAAUAAUUUUGCACUGAAAACUUUUUAUAGUUCAAAAAUUGAGCAUGGACUCCCUGGUACACUUUAACUUUCUUUCUUUCUUUUUUUUUCUGAAACAGAAAAAAAAACCUAAUAGAUACAUGUAACCUAAUAGAUUUUUCUAAGCCCAAAUUUCAUGAAGCUGAUUUUAUAACAUUAAAGAUAUAGGUUGCUUAACUCCAG